AUGCCGUACUCAGCAAAUGUUAAAUUACCACGCUUUAUGAUGCAUUUUUCCUAUGCUGGUCAAGCUUAUGCUGGUGUUCAAGUUAAUCCAAGUGCUAAAAUUGAUAGUGUACAAAGUGUUAUUGAACGUGCACUUUAUAGUUUUCAAUCAACAAAAUAUCCUCUCCGUUUUGGUGUUUCAUCUCGUACUGAUCGUGGUGUACAUGCAUUACAUAAUACAGGAACAUUUGAUUGGAUAGCACCUAUUGAUAUUACAACUCUAGUUCAACCAUUAAAUACUUAUUUAACAGAAAAAAAUGAACAAAUACGUAUUUUACGUAUACAUUCUAUAUCACCACAAUUUCAUUUUCGUCGUCAUUGUCUUGGUCGUAAAUAUGUUUAUCGAUUAGGUUUUCUUAAUGAACAUGAAUUUACAAAUAUUAAUACAGAUAUUCCAUUUUUAAGAAAAAAACAUCGUCAUCUUUUACGUGAUAUGACACCAGCUAUGAAUAAUCUUUUUGAAAAAGAUUUUCUUACUUGUAUUGAACCACCAUACGAUUUGGAUGCAUUUCGAAAAGGAAUUGAAGUUUUUCAAGGUCAACAUAAUUUUGCUGCAUUUACAAAUAGUCAAGGUCGUGUAAAUAUGGCACUUGAACGUCGUUGUCCUGUAAAAACAAUGCGUCUUAAUUUUAGUGAAGGUGAACAUUUAAUACCAUUAAUGGAAUGUUCACCAUUUCAUUCUUCAAUGCGUAUUUAUAAUCUUGUUUUUGAAGCUGAAGCAUUUCUUUAUAAAUUAAUUCGACGUAUUACUGGUACAUUAGUACAUAUUGCUAAAGGACAAAUGACAAUUCAAGAUGUUCUCGAUCGUUUUGCUUGUCCACCUGAUCAUUAUGAUAGUCCAUUACCAAUUACAAUGAAACCACAUGGUUUAUUUUUGUAUGAAGUUAAAUAUAAUGAACAAGAUUUUCUUAAUCCACCUAUGCUUAAAGGUGAUGAUUCGGUAGCUGAUGAUAUUGAUGAUGUUAUGAUCGAAAUGCAAGAAGAAGAUGAUGAAGAUGAUGAAGAAUUAAAUAGUAAAAUGGUGGUUGUGAGAUAG